AUGGAUAUCGUAGUGCAGCCGCCACGAACUGCCCGAGUUGGCCAGACAAUGCCUGGAUCGAUCGUGGUGCGAUUACGAACCAUCAACGCGGAUAUUGAUGAUGCUGUUGCAGACUCGACAAAUCUUGUUGCAGUCGCCGCUCUGGUUCCGGGCCCAAACACUCCGGCCUCAGUGGAUCCGAACGCUCUCAAUGCGGCACUCGCCGGGCGGAUUUUUGACUCUAUUCACCCAUUCAACGACGAUGAAGCAGAUGGAUCCAUUGCCUCCAUGGAGAUGGCCGACCCCCACGGUGUAGGCUAUAUGCGCUUCCCUGAGCUCAUCAUUCGCCAAGCUGGUACCUAUCGAAUACGCAUCACUCUCAUCCGCAUCCGCAACUCUGCUACAGAUCCACCAGUCACGUCUGCAGGCAAUGGCUUGGCUGUGCAUGUCGUCGAUAGUAACCCCAUCAUUGUCAAUGGGGGCGGAUCUUCGUCAAAUAUGGCUGCAUACAAUGGUAAGUAUCUAGUGGCAACCUAUUAA